AUGAACACGGUCCGAAGCCCACAAGAGCCCAAUAUCGAGCACACACGAGGCAUUAUCGUCAUUGCACGGAAGAGCUCUAGAGUGUCUCUGGCUGCCGUUAAACAGCUAGAGGAUCGGAACAAGACUCUGAUCAAAUUCUUCACUCCUCGAUUAUCAGGCGGCUCUUCGACAGAAUGUACCUCUCUGGUUCUGAAUGGGUUUUCUUCCAACUACAACAUCCAGGAUUCCCGGAAGAACGAGCUUGCCAUCCUGAAGCGGAAGAUUGAGACAUAUGAUGCAGAGCCGCAAGCCCUGACAAGCCGUGCCUGCAUUGUUGUCAGUGGUGAUGACGGGUUUUUCACAAAUAUUGACGGCAUAUAUGGCUUCUUCGAUCGUUACAAGAAUGUGACAUUGAUGCUGGUCGUCUACCAUGGAGAAAACCAAUACCUGGAGUACGAAAUUCGAGACAUUCUUCAAGCAAUCUCAGAAAUCAAGUCACACGUUGCCAAACCCACUGAUCCGUGUCACACCUUGGUCAGAUCCUGGAUUGGUAUUGCUGUCAAUAAGGAGAUACUCGCUCAAGCAAACAGGGAUCUCAAGAGAUUCAUACCCCAGAAGAGGAACGCCUCAAUCGUGUAUGGAGAAGACCCAAUUGCACUGGAACGUCCUGACAAGUCUGUUCUCAAGGCGUCCAAGAAACGUUCUGUUGUGGAGAAAUAUGGGAUUUCCAUCAACGAUGAUGGUGACCGAAUGUGUCCCAUACAGGACUGCAACGCAAGUUGGCCAACCCUGGAAGGACUUCGAGACCAUAUUCUCGAUCACUGCCGUCAAGCUGGAAAGUGCGUACUCUGUGGUGACGAUCGCAAAAACCCAUUCAACCGCGAGAGUUUUCGUCUUCCCAGCGGACCCAUGCGACGUGGCUUUACGAAACUUCAACGCGAGCACAUGGAACGUCACUUACCACCCACAUAUGAUUGCGAAGAACAAGGCUGCAGCAAGAGCUUUCACACCGAGUCCGACUAUCUACAACAUCAAGAAGGACACGAGCAGAGCCAACUGAUCAAUUGUACUCAGUGUGGUCAAAGCAUCAGAAAGACAUAUGUGACGCAACAUCUUCAAGCCCACUGCCCUGCCAGAAAUAAGGCGAAUGACGGUCUGAUCAGAUGCGGCAUAUGUCAAGCCGAAUUCUCAAAAGUCGACAUGUUCCACAAACACGUGAGAGCCGCGCAUCAGAGGCGAGAUGAAAUCGUCGGUACUGCUACGUUAGCUGGUCUUUUUUCUGCGGGAUUGCCUGGUCUGGGAUUGGAUGUUUCUGCGGCCAUUGAAGAGUCUACCAGACUGAACGCUUCCUCGAUGGCUAUCCAGCACGGAAACUACUUUGAUACGGCCCAAGCACCAAAUGAAGGGAGAUGGAAAGUCAAUGGAAAGAGUGUUGGUCAUGCUGUAGGAUUCACAAACUGA